AUUCCGGUUUGUUAGCGGGUGAAGCAGAAUCCUCGCUGAACUCUGAAGAUGGAAAUUCAAAGACGACAUCUCCGUCAUCACAUGUUCCUCUGAGGACUACAACUCCCAGCGAGUCAUCUGAGGAAGGUUCAGUUUUCACCACUUCAUCGCUGACGUCAACAAAAUCACAAAACCGCCCAAAGGCAGGAAAAACGACCACGACGUCGAGAGGCUCAUCUGAGGAAGAGGAGGAGGAGGAGGAUGGUGAUGAAGGAGAGCAGGAAGCUUCAGAUGAGAAUAUUUCUACAACUUCGCUCACGACCAAAAUCACCGAAACCACAUCGACACAGUCAACGACCACCGUGACAGGAAGCACGGCCAUUUUGAAAACCACAUCGGCUUCUCCAACAGGUGGACGAGUCGUCAGCUCCACGUUCACACCUGCGUCACCUCCGGCUUCACAGGAAGGAGAGCGGAGCGAGGACAACGCAACGCCCAACGCAACGCCCAACGCAACGCCCAACGCAACGCCCGCAGCCUCAUUCAUCACAGCAGCAGCCUCGUCCACAGGUCCACAGGCCCCGCCCACAUCUCCUGAGGCUUCAUGGGAGGAGGACUUGACUCCUGCUGCUCCUCUCGCUGCCCUCAGUCCAGGUCGAGCGACUCCAACAUCAUCGACUUCAGCGAGAACCGUCACCGUGGCGACACCGGGAAGACGGGUCACCUCCGUCAGACCCCGAUCUGAGAUCAUCGAGUCCAAAACCACCACAACAUCAACCCCGCUCACCACAGCUGAGUCUGGGGAAGAAGAGACGGACAAACCACCGUGUGUGGACGGAGACGAGAUGGACAGCUCCCAGGAGAAAGACAAAGACGACGUGGCUCAGAAGAGGACGGUGCCGUUCUUUGCCUGGUCCCUGCUGGAGUCUGUUGGUCUGAGCGACUUACAACUACGAGCCGACAGCAAAGAAUGCAGUCUCUCCUUCACGCUGUACGGCGGCGACGGUCGAGCCAGGCGGGAGAUGCCGGCGCUGGGGGAGAUGCUCCACUGUCUGACGGGACGAUGUCCACACGAGUACGAGAUGUACGGCUGCUACUGUGGACAGGAGGCCGGAGGGACACCUCUGGACCAGCUGGACAG